AUGAAGCUCACACCAUACGCAGCGUAUAUAGGGCUGGCUCUAAGGCUUCCGCAACUUACGACUGCCGUUCCAAACAUCACAGUUGAGGCACUCGGUACAUCGUGUACCGCAUAUCCCGGCUACGGCGCCGGGGCCGCAGGUCCGUUCCUCACCGUCGCCGACUCCACUGGUCAAGCUGUCGAUGGCGUUGGACUGGAUGCCCAUCUGUUUUUCGAUAAUCAUCUUGGAUGGGGCUUUGUCACCGCACCCGCGGCCGUCGUGAUGCCGGCCAGCGCGCCUUCCACGAACAUCUCGUUCCACUGCGCAAACAGCACACUACAGGCGCAAGUGAACAUGACAACGGAGGGUGGUGGGGAGCCCGUAUGGCAGGACCUGGUCAUCUCAGGCGAUCCGAACCUGCUCGGCGGUCUCGGCUUCGCGUUUCCGGAGGGCCGUUGCGCGAGUAUACCGGUCGAGCCGUACUGGCACUUUGUCGACGGCGAGCAGCAGCCGGGCGUCUUCCUGGGCGCGAAAGGGUCCACGACGUGA